AGUUCCCUGGUGCACGAGACGAGAGGAGAGCCGGUGGGCACUUAACAGUGUGGAGUAAUUGGGGGGUGUAAAAUGGCGCUGUCUCAAGGAACAAAGAAAAAAGUUUGCUAUUACUAUGACGGGGAUGUGGGGAACUACUACUACGGCCAGGGCCAUCCCAUGAAACCACACAGGAUCCGCAUGACGCACAACCUCCUCCUCAACUAUGGACUGUACAGGAAAAUGGAGAUUUACAGACCGCACAAAGCCAGCGGUGAGGAGAUGACAAAAUACCACAGUGAUGACUACAUUAAGUUUCUGAGGUCCAUCCGACCCGACAACAUGUCUGAGUACAGCAAACAGAUGCAGCGAUUCAAUGUCGGAGAAGACUGUCCGGUGUUCGAUGGUCUGUUUGAGUUCUGCCAGCUCUCAACGGGUGGAUCUGUCGCUGGGGCAUUGAAGUUGAACAAGCAGCAGACGGAUAUCGCCGUCAACUGGGCCGGCGGACUCCACCACGCGAAGAAGUCUGAGGCGUCGGGUUUCUGCUACGUCAACGACAUCGUCCUGGCCAUUCUCGAGCUGCUGAAGUACCACCAGAGGGUCCUAUACAUAGACAUUGACAUCCAUCACGGCGAUGGAGUGGAGGAGGCCUUCUACACGACAGACCGGGUCAUGACCGUCUCUUUCCACAAGUAUGGGGAGUACUUCCCCGGUACCGGAGACCUGCGGGACAUCGGAGCUGGAAAGGGCAAGUACUACGCAGUAAACUACCCGCUGAGAGACGGCAUCGACGAUGAGUCCUAUGAAGCGAUCUUCAAACCUAUCAUGGCUAAAGUCAUGGAGAUGUACCAGCCGAGUGCUGUUGUCCUCCAGUGUGGAGCGGAUUCCCUUUCUGGAGACAGACUGGGCUGCUUCAACCUCACCAUCAAAGGCCAUGCCAAAUGUGUGGAGUACAUCAAAGGUUUCAACCUGCCCCUGCUGAUGCUGGGCGGCGGAGGCUACACCAUCCGCAACGUGGCCCGCUGCUGGACGUACGAGACGGCCGUCGCCCUGGACUGCUCCAUCCCCAACGAGCUGCCCUACAACGACUACUUUGAGUACUUCGGGCCCGACUUCAAGCUGCACAUCAGCCCGUCCAACAUGACCAACCAGAACACCAACGAGUACCUGGAGAAGAUCAAGCAGCGUCUGUUUGAAAACCUCCGCAUGCUGCCGCACGCUCCCGGUGUCCAGAUGCAGGCGAUCCCCGAGGACGCCCCCCACCCGGACAGCGGAGACGAGGACGAGGAGGAGGGUGACAAACGCGUCUCCAUCCGGGCCCACGACAAAAGGAUAGCCUGCGAGGAGGAGUUCUCCGACUCUGAGGACGAGGCGGAGGGGCAGGGAGGAGGCCGCAGGAACGCAGCCAACCACAAGAAGGCCAAACGAGUGAAGAAGGAGGAAGAGAAGGAAGGGGAGGAAAAGAAAGAAGUGAAAGAGGAGGAGAAAGAGGAAGAGAAGAUGGACACAUCAGGACCAAAAGAAGAGGUGAAGACCACUUGAAGUGUGACACCAGGAGGAAGAGUUGGUUGUGCUGUUGUCCUCAAUCCCCACUGAUUCCUGUAUUCUCCUGCUGUGACAAUGGGAGCCUUUUUGUAUCCCUGUUUUAUGAUGUGUUCUUAUGGCCAAGCCUGGUUUACACUGUAGUAUUUACGUUUGUUACCAGCCUCAGUGAAACACCGGUCCGCAUCUGGAGCCUCUUGAAGUAUAAAACAAAUGACACACGGAUCCUCUUUUCAACUCUUUUUGUGAACCCGGUCUGCUGUGAAGAAAAGCACUCAGAUCAUUACUGUUCCUAUCAUGGUGUUACAGAUUUAAACAGGCUUGCGGGGCUCACGGUCGAAGUACCUGCAGAGAUGACGAUGAUUUAUAAGUAUAGUGCUCACGUGCAAAAAAAGGCUUUUCUGUUAGUUUUAAACAUCUAUGAUACUGUAGGAUAACCAGCAUUUGGCUUGCUGUGUUGAUUGAUCAGUGAAUGCAUAUUUAGGAUAAUCUCGCCUUCAGCAUGUAUAUAUUGCUCCCUCUGCGCGGACAGGCCCGAUCGAUGCUCAGUAACUUAUUUUAAUUCAUGAGCGGUCCCUUCAGCCCACCUUCCUGUGAACAUGGUCAGUGUUUUCUUUCUUGUGGAAGUGUGAAUGGUCGUGAACCUCUUCAGAGGUUCGGAAGUGAGUGACUUGUUUUUGAUAUUUUAUACCAUUAUACAUAAAGGUGGAGUGAGCUGGUUAAAUGGACCCUCUACAUGUGGUUGUUUGGAGUUUUAUCCUUGUGAAAUGUGCAUUAUCAUAAUUUUAAUAAAAAAUGAAGUGAUCCACGUUUUUCCUCCCAAUUUUAUUUAUACACCCUCAACAGAAAACAACUAAUUAUGUAUUUUGCUUUUGGUUUAGAUUCCAUUACUUUAUCUACGGUUUUUAUUUCUGGUAACUGUUAAAGGAUUAGAAAUUGUUGCAUAUAUCAGACAACUUGUAUUCAUUCAUUUUAUGGUGACGUGUGGUGGAAUAGCAGAACAAAAAUUAAAUUAACUCAAAUUUAACUUAUUUGUAGAAUCGGACACCAUUGGUUGGAACUUCAGUUCAUCGUCUCUCCUUCCUGACUGAAGCUGUGGUCAAAGUAAUGAAGCCUUACUAAUCCGUCAUCUCCACUGCUGAAGCUAAACCGUACAGGAAUCAUGUUGGCAGAGAUGCAUGAAGAAGCUUAACGUUUGUGGUCAGUGUGUGUUAGUCUCUUACAUGGGGAUGGAAGGCCACACUUGAUGAGGCCGAUAUAACUUGAGCCUUUUUGCUAUUUUUCCGACAUACUAUACUACGCCACAACAUACUAUGACUAAUUUUACAUACUCAUAACUUUUUGUUUCUUUUUACAUACCGUUCAGGCAAAGGCUGUUUGACUUGCCCGUGUGAUUCUCUAAACUUCGAUAUGUCAGGAACACCCGGACGGACUCUCUUUAAAUUUCGACUCCCGGAUGGACGA